CAUAUGCAUGGCUGUGAUAUGCAUUUCUUGUAAAGCUUCCACGAGGAUUCGUCUUCGAAUUCUCUUCGUCCCUGACCAUGCCAUCUCUUUGGCACCCGGAAAAUCUUCCGACCACCGUUACAUUUUUUAUUUUGUCUUUAAUGCACCGAUUCAUAGUUUUCAUUUCAUUCUAUUUAGUCUUUCAUAAUUUCCAAGAGCAUUUGAAGUUUUUGAUCAAAUACGGGCAAUUGCUUUCGGGGACACUCGAACUGUAUUGAAGUCCAUUUAGGAAGUCUUUGUUCUGAACUGCACUUAUGCCUGGGAACAAGUAUAACGACAACUCACAAGUCCCCAACAGUCGAGUGGCGAGGCUCGUUAGAGAAAGAGAGCUGAGAAGAACCGGCAGAGCUUCUUCAAAUGAUGUUACUGAUGGCAUCAGAGAGUCUGAGAUCUCUGGGCAUGAUAUUUCAUUACCUCCCAACUUCGAACAAUAUUUGGAAGCAGCAGCACAGGCGAUUAAUGGGGCGCGGGAAAGGUCUGAUGGAAUGCCUAACAGACAGAGAUUGUUAGUGGUUGCUAAUAGACUUCCUGUGUCCGCAGUUCGGAGAGGUGAGGAUUCAUGGUCACUAGACAUAAGUGCAGGUGGUCUAGUAAGCGCUCUUCUCGGCGUGAAGGAUUUUGAGGCACGAUGGAUUGGGUGGGCAGGCGUAAAUGUGCCGGAUGAAAUCGGGCAGAAGACCCUAACUAAAGAGUUAGCUGAAAAGAGGUGCAUCCCUGUUUUCCUAGAUGAAGAAGUUGUUCAUCAAUAUUACAAUGGCUAUUGCAAUAACAUAUUGUGGCCUCUCUUCCACUACCUUGGUCUUCCCCAAGAAGAUCGACUUGCGACUACCAGGAGUUUUCAGUCUCAAUUUGCUGCGUAUAAGAAGGCAAACCAAAUGUUUGCUGACGUAGUUAAUCAACAUUAUGAAGAGGGUGAUGUUGUUUGGUGUCAUGAUUACCAUCUCAUGUUUCUUCCCAAAUGUCUGAAGGAAUACAACAGCAAAAUGAAAGUUGGGUGGUUUCUACAUACACCCUUUCCAUCAUCUGAAAUCCACAGGACACUACCAUCUCGAACUGAGCUUCUACAUGCAGUUCUAGCAGCCGAUUUGGUUGGGUAA